AAGUCAUGGGAGCUUCUAAUGGCCAAGAUACCAAGUCUAACGUGUAACGGCUGCGCGGCACACACGAUCAAUCUUCUACUCAAAGACAUGUUCGGGAUGGAGCUCAUGAGUGACGUCUUCAAGAAAGCCGUCCUAGUUACCAAAUUUGUGCGUAAGCGUGCAGCGCUUCUUUAUCGCUUUCGGGCUCUGCAACGCAAUGUCGUGAGGAACGAAGAUGUGCUGCGUGAGUUGUUUUCCAACCAUGAAUUUCUGGCUCGUUACGGAGAUGCUGCUGCCAAACUCAAUCGCGUCGAGUCCAUUUUGGCUGAUAGCAUGUUUUGGGUGAAUGCCAGAGCCGUAAUACGACUGGUGAACCCGAUAAUCCAAGCUCUCGGCGCUCUCGAAAAGGAUGGGUGU